AUUAUAUUUAUGAGAGUCCGACAUGAAUUUCCGUCCAGGUAACAGAGACAGAGGGUUUUGACAGACUCAGGAAGCGAAGCUAGCUAGAUAGCUAGCAAUGACGACUCGAAUUGCACCUGGAGUAGGAGCCAAUCUUCUCGGCCAACACUCUGCUGAGAGGAAUCAGGACGCCACCGCUUACGUCGGCAAUCUCGACCCUCAGGUGAGCGAGGAGCUACUUUGGGAGUUGUUUGUUCAAGCAGGCCCUGUUGUGAACGUGUAUGUCCCCAAGGAUAGAGUGACAAAUCUGCAUCAAGGAUAUGGAUUCGUGGAGUUCCGGAGUGAAGAAGAUGCCGAUUAUGCAAUCAAAGUGCUGAACAUGAUUAAACUUUAUGGAAAGCCUAUACGUGUAAAUAAGGCAUCCCAAGAUAAAAAAAGCUUGGACGUGGGUGCAAACCUUUUCAUUGGGAACCUUGACCCUGAUGUCGAUGAGAAGCUUCUAUACGAUACUUUCAGUGCAUUUGGAGUCAUUGUCACAAAUCCUAAGAUAAUGAGAGACCCAGAAUCAGGAAAUUCACGUGGUUUUGGGUUUAUUAGCUAUGAUUCUUUCGAGGCAUCUGAUGCUGCUAUUGAGGCAAUGACUGGCCAAUAUCUUUGCAACCGUCAAAUUACAGUGUCAUAUGCAUAUAAGAAGGAUACUAAAGGGGAGCGUCAUGGUACUCCAGCAGAGAGAGUUUUGGCUGCAAGCAAUCCAACUGCCCAAAAGAGCAGGCCUCACACUUUAUUUGCCAGUGGACCUCCAACACUUCAGAAUGUUCCCCAGGCCAAUGGAACUGUGCCUCCACGCCCUUUUGCAAAUGGUUCUGUAGCUCCAAGCCCAAUUCCUGCACUCCGUCCACCUCAAGGAGCAGCCUUCCAUCCCAUGCCGAUGGGUGGACAGCCAGCUUGGCAGGGUCAACCGCAGCAAUUGGGUCAACCAAUCCCACCACCUGUCAUGCCUCCACAACUUCAGCAUUUCAGGCCCCCUCCCCCCAAUAUGCCACCGCCACUGGCAGCUCCAGGUCCUCCAAGGCCUCUGCCACCACCGAUGGGGGUGGGAGUCCAACCACCUAUGUGGCGUCCACCACCACCCCCACCCCUUCAGCAACAGCCUAGUCGGCCCCCUAUGCCACAGGGAUCAAUGCUUCCACCUCCCCCUAUGCAUAAUCCCAAUAACCCCCCUCUGCCGCCAUCUUCAAGUUGAGAUCUUGAGAAAUCAUUCUGACAGGUUGUGUUACCAUAUAAUGUCCAGGAUCUGUCUUGUUCUUUGUUUUUUGGUUGUUUUUAGGGUAAUGCAGAUUGCAAUGUGUACUAUAUUGGUUAGGCAAACAAGUAUCUAGGCCAUAUUUAUUUUCUCAAAA